GUACUUUUAGUGUCGUCAUCGCCGUCAUCAUUGGCGUCAAGGCUGUGAAGGGUUUUUGUCGUGUUUAGAUUUGGCCGUUUAGACCCAGGUUUUAGUUUGGAUUUCUUUAUUAGAGUUCCGUUGGUGAAGACAUUAUACGUGGCCGUCUCGACGGCCGGCGAUCCAGACAAGUUGUCAUUAUGUCAGCUGAACAGUUGUCAGAAGACACGUCUGGCGAUGUGCUUGAGUACAUUGCAUCCAGUGGCUGGUACAUCAGUUUGGCCUUGGUUGGAAUCUACUUUUUGUACAAAAGAUACGAAUCUCAUUUUCACACCUGGCGACAACAGAGUCCGUCCACAAAUCACGAAGAUCCGGCUGCAAUACUGAGCAGACAGGAAGCUAUGGAGAUAGCACGGCAAAGAAUGCAAGAGCGCCAGGAUCAGCUUAGUGAACAACACAAAGAAAAGCAAAGAGAGCUGGAGGAAAAGAAGAGGCAAGAAAAAAUUGCUAACUGGGAGCAAACACAACAAGGCGGAAGCUCCGGAAGAAAACUUGGUUCCUCUCAGGACGAGCCGUCUUCGCAGAGCAUUCGCCGAAAACCAACAAGUUCCAGCGAUGAUAGGUUACGGGGAACGAGCUUUAAUCCCCUGAUGGGCCACGGCAGCGGAACCAGUUACAGACCUGCGCGGCGAAACUUUUCUCAGGGCGGAUGAGGCUAAGCACCGGUUUACAGUGUGUCGCGUGCCACAGUGUGCUUAUCCUGGCAUGCGCAGCAAGGUGAACCAUACUCUAUGUGCACUUUCAACAGCCUGCUGCCAGCGUCUGUGCUGUCACACAUGACGUGCAUGUUAGGUUAUAAUUUUGUCGUCUUUGUCGAGAAUUGUUGCAUAUAGUAGUCGCAUGAUAAUGUCAACAUUAGUGUAAUUGGUACAGUUCAAGGCUUCUGUCCUGAAUACCUCCCUAAAUUUUAUGGCCAUUAUAAAAACUAAUGCUUUGUGACUAGAAUGUUAUAACUGGCAGUAAGAAAAUGCUUGCAUUUUUAAAAACAUAGCACGACAACAUGCUCACUAACUGUUUCGAGUGCUGAAAUUAAAUGAGGAAAAAAAAAAAAAAAGUGGAGCACGCGCAUUUGUUUUAGCAUUGACUGGCAGAAAAUGAAACCAGAACUGUAAAUGGUUUGAUCCAGUGGUUUUGGCAGAUGUGGGCUGUUGGAAUGUAUCAAAUUUUUCUGUUUACCGCUUACAGCUUUUAUGACCCCUUUCGUGCAAUGAUGACGUGUCUGUAUAUUGCGGUCACAACAUAUGCAAAGAAAUAUAAGACACAGAACGAAAAAGUUGUUGCACAAGUUAUUUAUCACAGGCAUCAACACCUGGUGCACACUUGAAAAUGUAUAGGAACACUCCACCGUUAGUAGUGUAUACAAUGUAUAGUGCUCCAUACAAACCAUUGCACAGUGAAACACACACCACAGUCCCUAUCCAAAGUAAUUUUUGGUUAAGCUCAAGCCCACACACUCUUGCGGGGACACACAACUGGAAGAGCUACAAGCAUUCUGCAGCUGGGCCCGGCAGUUGUCCCUGUAUGCGCAGGUUAUAGCCGAUGAACAAUAAAUACCAGUCCACACUUGAAUGGA